GCUUGAACUCACAACCCCAAGAUCUAGAGUCGCCUGCUCUACUAACUGAGCCAACCAGGCAUCCCUGGGGCUGCUUCAUAAACCCAAAAGCCCUGAUCUGAAGGCCAGAGACACUGUUCAUGAGUUCUGGACAUGUGCCCUCCGUGGUUCCAAGACACCCCUGCUGUGGUCCUUGUCAAACCUCCGGACGCAGUCAAGCUUCGUGGGAACCCUGGACCUGUAUUCUCAUGGUGCUGUUUGACCAGGAGGACAGCGGCCAUGGCCCGGAAGAAACUGGGCUCCGGCAACUUCUCCAGCUGCCCCAACGGCUCCCUCGAGUGGAUAUGGGACGUGUUUGGCGAAUGCGCCCAGGACGGCUGGGACGAGGCCAGCGUGGGUCUGGGCCUGAUCUCCAUCCUCUGUUUCGCAGCGUCCACCUUCCCCCAGUACAUCAAGGCCUGCAAGACGGGCAACAUGGACCAGGCGCUCUCUCUGUGGUUCCUCCUGGGCUGGAUCGGCGGAGACUCCUGUAACCUCAUCGGCUCCUUCCUCGCCGACCAGCUGCCCCUGCAGACCUACACGGCGAUAUAUUAUGUCCUGGCGGACCUGCUGAUGCUGUCACUGUACUUUCACUACAAAUUUAAGAAACGCCCCUCGCUCUUGUCUACCCCCAUCAAUUCUCUGCUGUUGUUCACCUUGGCAAUGGUGUGUGCCACCCCGCUGCUGAGGAGCGCUGGCCCCUCGGCUGUCCCGGGCGAGGUCUUCCGGGGGCGGACGCUCCUGUCCGUGGAUCCGGGCAAUAAGCCCUUCACCCGGCAGGAAAUCAUCGGCUUCGUCAUCGGCUCCGUCUCCAGCGUCCUCUACCUGCUCUCCCGGCUGCCUCAGAUCCGCACGAACUUCCUGAGGAAGUCGACCCAGGGGGUCUCCUAUUCGCUGUUCGCCUUGGUGAUGCUGGGGAACACGCUGUACGGGCUGAGCGUGCUGCUCAAGAACCCCGAGGUGGGUCAGAGUGAGGGCAGCUACCUGCUGCACCACCUGCCCUGGCUCGUGGGCAGCCUGGGCGUGCUGCUGCUGGACACCAUCAUCUCCAUACAGUUCCUGGCGUACAGGAACACUGCCACCUCUGCGGAGCGCCAGCCCCUGCUGCACAGCUGACAGGGCCCCGGGCCGAGCCCAGGACGAACCGGGACCUCCAGCUGCCACACCCAGGAAGGGACAGCCAUGGGCAGACACGGUGCUGCCGACCCUGGACUGGACCGUGGAGGAAGCCUGGGGCGCCUUGAACUCCCCGCCCAGCUGCCUCCCCACCCACCUCCGAAGCCUCUUGGCUGACUCUCCCUGGAGCCCUGACCUGCCAGCUUCGGGGAGUGAGAGGGGCGCCAGGGCCAGCCCCCCACCCUCUUGGGACGCACGCCAGCGUCUGAGGCUUCUGUCCCUGGGAGCCUCAGGGAGGGCCUGCAGCUGAGACCUCGGCCUCUCAGAAGGCAUCGGCUCCCUUCCCUCCAUCUGCCUGCCCCUUCCCCACCCCGGAGCGGGGCGCAGGUGCAGCCCAGGAAACGGUACCUCCCAGCGAGGCCCUUUUCUGUCUUCAUUCCCGAGGUGCUGGGUCUGGGCUGCUCUGGAACAGCGGUGGAUGGGGACCGGGUCCCAGGCGGGGGCCUAAUGGUCGGGAAAUGGCAGAGCCAAGCAGGAGAGGACUGUCCGGCCUCCUGGGGACCUCUGGUUUUCUCACCUGCUUCUCAUGGAGAGGACACAGCAGUGAGGACGACGCUCUGACAGGCUCCCGGCCCCUCUGUGCUCAGGAAGAAGCAGAGAAGUUAAGGUUCAGAUCUUGGUUCUGCAUCUUAAGCUUGUCUGCACCUCAGUUACCUCAUCUGUGAAAUGGAGACGAUGAUAUCACCAUUUCGUAUUUCCUUCCAGGAUGGUGGAAUUAAUGGAGGUUAGCCCCCAAGUCUGGCAUGUGGUAAGAGCAUAAUAAAGGUGAAAUUUGGUAAUUUUCA